CCCCUUUUUUCUCGACGACGUGUCCAGCAUAAUGAUCUAAAAGAUCAUUAGUUAAUCUUCGUCCCAGCAUUCAGAAAUCAAGUGGGGAAAAUGUCCACGAGACCGGAGGAACUUUGCGGAGAGAAAGAGGAACCCCCACGUCACCGACACUGGACUGAGUGCAAAUUAAUGCACACUAAGGUUGUUCUUCACAGACUUGAAGAUCUAUAUGUCAGCCAAACCUAUUAUCCUGAGCACCCGGAGUCUGCACGCAUCAAGGACGAGGAGGAAGAGUGGCCAUCCAUUAAGAAUGAGGAGGAGUUCGUAUCCAUUAAAGGUUUCAGAAGAUAUCUUGUUGCUGCGCGGCACGAGCCAGAAUCUUCUGGCGUUAAAGAGGAUGUUGAGCUCCCCCAAAUCAAAGAGGAGGAGGAGCCGGAGCCCUGUAAACAGAAGCAAUUUCCAAUUAAAAAGGAGGAGGAAUGGCUCCCAUGUGUUAAAAAAGAGGAAGAGGAGGAGCAUAUCACUCGGUCAAAUGGUGAGCCCUUGAAGAGUGAAGAUGGUCCGAGUGAGGCUGGCAGAGGGGCGGAGCCUCCAAGCCGCUGCAGCAGCAGCAACAGCUCAACAGAAGGAUUGCAGGCAGGCAUUUUCAUCGCUCUAUCAGACAGAAGUGGCACCACAUCACACUCACCUUACAAUGAUGAUGGUCAUAAGAAAUCUCACAGUGACAACAAACUCUGCAAAUGCUCUCAGUGUACCAAGCAAACUUGUCUUGCACAUAUGAGGAUCCACACUGGCGAAAAACCUUUUUCUUGCUCAGUUUGUGAUCAAAGAUUUGCUCUAAAGGGAACUCUAACAAAACACAUAAGAACCCACACUGGCGAAAAACCUUUUUCCUGCUCAGUUUGUGAUCAAAGAUUCGCUCGGAAGCAACACUUAAAACAACACACAAGAACCCACACUGGCGAAAAACCUUUUUCCUGCUCAGUAUGUGGUCAUAGAUUCGCUCAAAAACAAGACUUGAAAGUACACAUAAGAGCCCACACUGGCGAAAAACCUUUUUCCUGCUCAGUUUGUGGUCAAGGAUUCAGUUGCAAGAGCUCCUUAAAAAUACACGAAAGAACCCACACUGGCGAAAAACCUAUUUCCUGCUUAGUUUGUGAUCAAAGAUUCGCUUGGAAGCAACACUUAAAACAACACACAAGAACCCACACUGGCGAAAAACCUUUUUCCUGCUCAGUAUGUGGUCAUAGAUUCGCUCAAAAACAAGACUUGAAAGUACACAUAAGAACCCACACUGGCGAAAAACCUUUUUCCUGCUCAUUUUGUGAUCAAAGAUUCGCUCGGAAGCAACACUUGAAAAGACACAUAAGAGCCCACACUGGCGAAAAACCUUUUUCCUGCUCAGUUUGUGAUCAAGGAUUCAGUUGCAAGAGCUCCUUAAAAAUACACGAAAGAACCCACACUGGCGAAAAACCUUUUUCCUGCUCAGUUUGUGAUCAAAGAUUCGCUCGGAAGCAACACUUGGAAAAACACAUAAGAGCCCACACUGGCGAAAAACCUUUUUCCUGCUCAGUUUGUGAUCAAAGAUUCGCUCUGAAGCAAUACUUAAAACAACACACAAGAACCCACACUGGCGAAAAACCUUUUUCCUGCUCAGUAUGUGGUCAUAGAUUCGCUCAAAAACAAGACUUGAAAGUACACAUAAGAACCCACACUGGCGAAAAACCUUUUUCCUGCUCAGUUUGUGAUCAAAGAUUCGCUCAAAAAAUAACCUUAAAACGACACACAAGAACCCACACUGGCGAAAAACCUUUUUCCUGCUCAGGUUGUGGUCAGAGAUUCGCUCGGAAGGAUCGGAUGAAGAGACAUGUGUGUGCUGCUGUGAGAAGCAGUGGCCAAUGACUGUUUUGCCAGUCAUCCAUGCUGGCUUCAUCAGAUUUUGCAUGCAGGUUAGGUUAGGGUUGGGGUUACGUUCGUAUUUGUGGUACACUUUAUUUUUGUGAUUGCAUUUUUGUUUUGCCUUUGCCAUUUUGUAUCAAACUACACUUUUCACAUUUAAUAUUUGAAAGCGCAGACCCCAAAUUCAAAAUCAUUCAUAAAUAUUGUCAUUAAAUAAAUAUGGAAAUUUAGAAUACAUUGUUAAUUAUCGCAAAAAUAAUUAAAAGAAAAAAAAAAACAGGCUCAUAUAUGAGU